AGGGGGCCCCUGCAGUGACAGAUCGGAGCGCUGGAGAGAUUUGCUGGUGGCGGCUGAGGGUCUUUACGAUAAAUCCUCCAACGGGGUAAAAUGCAGUGAAUCCUGUCCAAACAUCUGGGGACAGCCCUGUCCCCACAACAUAAACUUAAAUCCAUUUCCCCUACACUGCAAGAACAGGCGAUACACCCAUUUUCCGUCCAGCCACCGAGCUGCAACCCGAACCGACGGCAGCCAAGGGCACACAACCGGGACAAAGCGCCAGGGCGCACGUGUGCGGCAGAGUGGCCGCGCGGGGGCGCACGACCUGAUCGCCCGGAGCGCCCCUCCGCGUCUCCGUGUCUCCGCCCCUUGCAACCCCGGCCCCACCGCCGCCGCCCGCGGGACCCGCAGCCUCCUGCUGCCUGCGGCGCCCAGCGGGGCCGAACGGAACCCGCGCCGCGCGGAGACCAUGGGGCCGCGGCGCCUGUUGCUUCUCGCCGCGGGCCUCAGCCUGUGCCGUCCGCUGCCGACGAGCGCCCGGGCCCACGAGCCAGGGUCCAGAGCAGCAAAUCCCACCUUGAACCCCCGCUCGUUCCUUCUCAGGAGCUCCAAUGAGGAAUUCGAACAGUUCCCUAUGGACGAGGAAGGGGAGGCGGACAGCAGCACGGCGCCUGAAACCAGAAACACUUUCUUCAACAAGAGCAGUCCCCUGCGGAAGCCACACCAGCCCUUCAUCUCGGAGGACGCCUCAGGCUACCUGACCAGCUCCUGGCUGACCCGCUUCGUCCCCUUUGUCUACACCACAGUGGUGCUCGUCAGCCUCCCGCUGAACCUCCUGGCCAUCGCCGUGUUUGUCCUGAAGAUGAAGGUGAAGAAGCCGGCCGUGGUCUACAUGCUGCACCUGGCCAUGGCAGACGUGCUUUUUGUGUCCGUGCUGCCCUUUAAGAUCAGCUACUACUUCUCCGGCAGCGACUGGAAGUUUGGCUCUGAAAUGUGUCGAUUCACCACGGCAGCCUUCUAUGGUAACAUGUACGCCUCGGUCAUGCUCAUGACAGCCAUCAGUGUGGACCGCUUCCUGGCCGUAGUGUACCCCAUCCAGGCCCUGUCCUGGCGCACCCUGGGGAGGGCCUCCUUCACCAGCCUGGCCAUCUGGGCUAUGGCCAUCGCUGGGGUGCUGCCGCUGCUCCUCAGGGAGCAGACCGUCCAGGUCCCGGGGCUCAACAUCACCACCUGCCAUGAUGUGCUCAAUGAAACGCUGCUCGAGGGCUUCUAUGCCUACUACUUCUCAGCCUUUUCAGCCGUCUUCUUUUUUGUGCCUCUGAUCAUUUCCUCCAUUUGCUAUGUGUCCAUCAUCCGGUGUCUCAGCGCUUCCACGGUCGCCAGUCAGAGCAACAAGUCCCGGGCUGUGUUCUUGUCGGCAGCUGUCUUCUGCAUCUUCCUCAUCUGCUUUGGGCCCACCAAUAUCCUCCUGAUCACGCAUUACUUGUUCCUGUCUCACAGUCCCGCCACGGAGGCCGCCUACUUCGCCUACCUCCUCUGCGUCUGUGUCAGCAGCGUCAGCUGUUGCAUCGACCCUCUGAUCUACUAUUACGCCUCCUCUGAGUGCCAGCGCCACCUGUACAGCAUCUUGUGCUGCAAAGAAAAUGUGGAUCCCAACAGUUACAACAGCAGCGGUCAGUUGAUGGCAAGUAAAAUGGACACCAUCUCUGCUAACAUGAAUAAUAGUAUCUACAAGAAGCUGUUAACUUAGCAAAAGUGACUGCCAGUCAGUUAAAAAGAAAGGUUAAAAAGGUGAAAAGCUCAGGAAUUCUGUUAGUCCCUGGAAAAAUUACUUCAUCACCUAAAAUAACAAAUGUAUGAUUUGCAUACCUGCUUCUUAGGAGAGCAUCGAUAUUGGUUAAUUACCGGAAAAAGUAACAGGAAUGAAAGGCAGUAUUAUUCCAAGGGAGAAUUGCUGGUGCUACGAUAACUGAAUGUCACUUUUUAUAUGUAUAGGUGACUCAUAUAUAUGUAUGUGUAUGCACACACAGGUAUUAUCUGCAGCACGGUAUGGUUUAGGCACUUUGAAACCCUCUCUUUUUGCCCCUAGCAAUUAGAGAGAGAGAGUGAAAAAUACAGUGUGUAAAGUCUGAGUCUCUGACUUGAUCUGCAGAGUCUAGGCUGGUGAAAUUUUAGCCCUGAACCUCUGAAGAUGCCUGAAUAGUGACAGAUUCCAUAGUUUAGACUUAAACAUGGACGGCAUAUGUCUAUAUGUCACUUAUUUUGCAGAUAUGUGUAUUUUAGAAUUGUUUGACAGCAAUGUUUAACUAAUAGAAGGAUGAGACUUGGUAGUGUCAGUGGUUUAGAUUUUGAAAGCUGUCAAGACAUCUGAAAAGCCUGUUUGCCAUAGUCGGCAGCUGGCACUGUAUUGUAUUUGUGAACGGAGACCAAGCGCAUUGCCACAUGUGACUGCAGUGGGCCUUCCCGAGCUGCCCACCUCAGGAGCUGACCCGGCUGGACUGGGGACUCCAGGCGGGACCCAGUGAGAUCCAGGCCACCAAACUCUUCUGGGCUUCCUGAGGCCCCAGAUGUGAACCACACAUGUCUGUUAGAAACGGGCAAAGCCGGGUAUGAUGUCCAGGAGGCAGCAGCCGUCAGAGGCUUCUCUGGCUGUCUUGGACCAGGGGAACGCCUGCAGCACCCUGACCAGGACUGAACCCUGCCCUCAGGAGAGCAUCAGGGGCAUUAUGUGGAUGUUGGGUGAUACAUUGAUGAACACUAGGCAGUGCCUCAAGCCAGGUGUCACCCAGUGCAUUUUUUCACCAGCGAGACCUGCCUGCAGAAGAGCUGGAACACUUGGUUUCUGAGGCCAGUGGUUGUCACAUAAAAUGAAAACAUGACAGAGGAUGCAUAUUUUUAAAAACAAGUCAUUCGGCCUACAUUAACUGGACAGUAUUUAUUUAUAAAUGUUUUGUUCAAAGAUAAGUUUUCAAGACUCAUUUAUGGCAGACUGGUUAGAAAUAACAGGAGAAAAUGGCUUUGGCAUUGAAAUCUAGGAAAAUUAUUCUGUGUUUUUCAGUUUCCUUAAAAGUUAAUGAAAUGACUGGAGAUAUAGCUUAAUGGCACAGUGCCUGCCUGGCAAGUGCAAGGUCCUGACUUCUCUUCCAAGUGCAAAAAAAAAAAAAACAAAAAAAAGAACAAUUAAUGAAAUGGCUUAAAUUUUUAACUCCAUGAUAAGUAUCAAGCAUAGAAAAUCUUCAUAAGUUUAGCAAAGUAAGUGAAAAUUAGGUUGAAUUUUUUUCUCCUGAUUAAAAAGCAGUGGCAUUUUAAACAGAAGUGGGAAAGUUGCAAGAUAAAUGUUUAUCUAUUUAAAAAAGCAAAGUAUUUCCAAAUAUCAGAAUAAUUUACAUGAGAGUAAUAUAACUGUAUUGUAAGUAGAAGCUACCACUGAUUUUAUUAACUCAGUUAUUAUAUUUACUGUCAUUAUUUAGUCUGUAUAUAUUAAAAUAUCUGUCGUCACAGUACUUAAAUGACUUCAGUUUUAUGUUCACUCUUUUUAAAAUGUCACAUAAUCUAUUAAUAAACGUGAAAACGUG